UCGAUAAACCAGCGGAUAACCACGUUGACUCAUGCGUGGCUGGGAACCACGUUGACCAAAAUGACCGCCAGAGUUCUUCUUUCCAGGAGAUAUUUAAACCAAAAAACAUGGUUUUUAUUCACAAACCAGCUGGGCAGACAUGUUAGAAAUAUCAGUCGUGUUUCUUCAGUAGUAACAAAAAAAUAUGGAACAUCGUCGUCUCAGGUGGAAAAAGGGUUUGCUGGACGUCGUCAUCUUAGAACGUCUUCAGCCCUAGCUGGGGAAGUCCUUCCAUUCAAGUUAUCAGACAUUGGAGAAGGUAUUGCAGAAGUUACCCUUAAGGAAUGGUACGUGAAUCCAGGUGACCAUGUUGCUCAGUUUGAUAGUAUCUGUGAAGUUCAGAGUGACAAGGCAUCUGUGACCAUCACCAGUAAAUAUGAUGGUGUUAUUACAAAGUUGUACUAUGAAGUAGAGGACAUGGCCAGGGUUCAUCAGCCUCUGGUUGAUAUUGAAAUCACUGCCGAGACAACAGUUGACAAUGGUGACAGAAGUCCAGCAGAAGAUGUCAUGGCUGCCCAACAGAAACCACAGCCAACCCAAGCAAUAGAUCAAAGUCUUCCUCCACCACCCUCAAGACCCACCCAAGAGAUCAUCCCCCCUCAACCCUCCCCUCCUGCCCCAAGUCAACCAGCAUACCAAGAGUCUAAUGUUACUAAAAGAAGCGGCAAGGUUUUGACCACUCCUGCAGUGCGCAAGAUAGCUAAGGAAAACCAGAUUGACUUAAGCAAUGUUCCAAGUACUGGAAAGGAUGGAAGAAUCUUGAAGGAAGAUGUUCUACAUUAUAUUAAACAAAUGAAAACAGCUACUGCAGCUCCAGCUGCGGCUGCUCCAGCCCCAGAAAAACCAGCACCAAUACCAAGUCCAGUCUACACCCCACCAGUAUUCACAUCUGAUGCUAUUCCACAAGAUAGAGUAGAAGAAAUCAAAGGAAUUAGGAAAGUCAUGGCUAAAACGAUGACAGCAGCUUUAGCAAUACCUCACUUUGGAUACUGUGAUGAGAUACUGUUAGAUGAUCUUGUAAAACUCAGAACACAGUUGAAGCCAUUGAUGGAGUCUCGUGGUGUCAAGCUGUCAUUCAUGCCCUUCUUCAUAAAGGCGGCAUCGUUAGCUCUGCAUCAGUUUCCAAUCCUCAACAGUUGUGUAGAUGCUGAUUGUACGCAGAUUACCUACAAGGGUGCACACAAUAUUGGCGUUGCUAUGGAUACGAGUCAGGGUCUUCUAGUGCCCAACGUCAAGAAUGUCCAGAUGAAGUCACUAUAUGAUAUAGCAAUAGAUUUGAAUAGAAUGCAUCACCAGGGUCUUUCUGGUCUCCUUGCGCCUAACGAUCUGUCUGGUGGGACCUUUUCUCUUUCUAAUAUUGGUUCGAUUGGGGGGACAUACGCCAAGCCGGUUCUUUUACCGCCAAACGUUGGUAUCGGUGCCAUAGGCAGAGUACAGGUCAUACCACGAUUUGAUAAAAACGGAGAAGUUUAUAAGGCUCAUAUAGUGAAUGUCAGUUGGUCAGCGGAUCACCGAAUAAUCGAAGGCGCAGUCAUGGCCAGGUUUUCUAAUGUCUGGAAAUCCUAUCUUGAAAAUCCUGCAUCCAUGUUGAUAGACAUGAGGUGAUCUUAAUUAGACUAGUUAAUAACCAUUAGGGUAUUGAUAUUUCUUAAUAGGUGGAAAUGUGUUAAAUCUCACCCCAAAAAAUGAUAACGGGAUCACAAAGAAAAAAAUAUGACUUCAAGUAUUAUGCACUAUUCUCACUCUCUCUUAGAAAACGUGUUUACUCCAUUUAGUUUUCACAUUAUUUAUUACGACUUAAAAAACGAUAGCUAUUCGUUUGUAAAAAAGGCCUUUCUUUCAGUAGUCUCCCUACUCAAUUCCUAGUUAAAGGCGGUUGGACAAACCAAGGAAACAGCGAUACUCCAGUUUCUCUGUUGUUCAGGGCAGGCGUUCAUUUUAAAUAGAAGAGAUAUUUGUGAAUAUUUUAUACACUAAAAUGAAGCCAACCCUGAGUAAAUGAGUGCACGUUAACGGAAUUUCAAAGUGUCUGUAUUGUUGAAGUUGUUUAUUCUUCACUUUGC